AUGGAUGACAAUGAUGAAGACAUUUUCUGCACAUCACUUCUUGAUAGAUACGCAUCUCGUCCAAAUGAAUUAGAAAAUAUGUCUCUUGCUGAAUUUGCAGCAACCUACACGACAGACGGUAAAGAAAGCGAUCAUGAAUCCAUUGACGAUAACAGCACAAUCCACCAAUCUGUCUCCAGUACAAUAAAGUUAAAGAAUGGUCUUGGCCGUAUGAGAAAACGGAAACGGCACUGUGUCAUAAGGUAGGUUAAAAAGAAUAUAGGAAUAGUAAACACAGUUCAAGGAAGAAUACUUAGACUACGAUUUUGUAAAUAAGCAUGCCCAUAGAAUUUACAUUCGAGAUGUCUCAUAUACACUUUAAUAUAUAUAGGUUCCACAAAGAAAAAUCUGAAGGAGAAGAAAAAUACAGAAAUUUAAUUAUGCUGUAUUAUCCAUGGCGAAACGAAGACAUAGAUUUGAAAGCCAAUUUUGAAUCUUUAAAGAACAUUUCCAACAUAUUCAAGAAAUAAUUCGUUCCAAUGAAGCCAUGUUUAGUCAGAACGCUGAUGAAAUUGCCAGAGCUUAUGACGAUUUAGAAAGAAGGGGGCCGCCAGAGAAUAUUUGGGAUACUGUUGCCCCAAACGCUGAAUAUCAACAAGCACAGCAGCAAGAUCAAGGAACAGUAACAGAGAGAGAGAGAAGUUGGACGAGACAAUGAGCCCAAUGAAAACGUCGAUUUAGUUUCAAAAGAAGGGGGCCGCCAGAGAAUAUUUGGGAUACUGUUGCCCCAAACGCUGAAUAUCAACAAGCACAGCAGCAAGAUCAAGGAACAGUAACAGAGAGAGAGAGAAGUUGGACGAGACAAUGAGCCCAAUGAAAACGUCGAUUUAGUUUCAAAAGAAGGGGGCCGCCAGAGAAUAUUUGGGAUACUGUUGCCCCAAACGCUGAAUAUCAACAAGCACAGCAGCAAGAUCAAGGAACAGUAACAGAGAGAGAGAGAAGUUGGACGAGACAAUGAGCCCAAUGAAAACGUCGAUUUAGUUUCAAAAGAAGGGGGCCGCCAGAGAAUAUUUGGGAUACUGUUGCCCCAAACGCUGAAUAUCAACAAGCACAGCAGCAAGAUCAAGGAACAGUAACAGAGAGAGAGAGAAGUUGGACGAGACAAUGAGCCCAAUGAAAACGUCGAUUUAGUUUCAAAAGAAGGGGGCCGCCAGAGAAUAUUUGGGAUACUGUUGCCCCAAACGCUGAAUAUCAACAAGCACAGCAGCAAGAUCAAGGAACAGUAACAGAGAGAGAAGUUGGACGAGACAAUGAGCCCAAUGAAAACGUCGAUUUAGUUUCAAACUCUACAACUGCAAAUCGCUCUGAACUUCAUCAACGUUAUUCAGCCCAACUUGGUAAAACACUGAUGACUGUUCAAGAAUAUAGAGCUAUGAUGCGCUCUUUAAACAAACAGCAACUCCAAGUUCUUAAAAUUCAUCGCAAAUGGUGCAAAGAUACAAUUAUUGCGUUGAAACGUGACUUACCAUCUCCAGUGUACAAAAUCUUUCUGAGUGGACCAGGUGGGGUCGGGAAAAGCCAUGUAAUAAAAUUAGUGUAUUAUGAAACAAUGAAGCUACUGAAAAUGUUGUCAGGAUAUUUUGAACCAGACGAACUUCCAAUUUUAUUGACCGCUUUCACUGUAACCGCGGCUUUUGGCAUUGAAGGAAUGACCCUGCACUCAGCUCUAUGCCUCAGUUAUGGCCCAAACAAUAAAUCCCAAUAUCAACCAGCAAGCAGCGAGAGACUGAAUACUCUACGAUCACGCUUAGGAAAAUUAAAGCUUCUGGUCAUUGAUGAGGUUUCCAUGGUGGGUGCAGAUUUGCUUUAUCACAUUCAUCGUCGCCUGCAAGACAUCACUGGAAAAUCAGAUCACUUUGGAGGAAUAAGCAUAUUGGCCGUUGGAGACUUGUAUCAGCUACAAUCUGUUGGUCAAAAUCAUGUCUUUGGCCUUCCAUCAGACGGGUUUGUGAAACAAACAUGAGAAAUUGUCUAAAAUUGUCCACAUUAACUUUCUAAUGUAAUUAAUUUAAUAAGAUUAUAGUUACCAACAUACUUCACACCAAUUUAUUCUAUGCUUUGAUUGUAAGAUUGUUACGUUUCUCUAUUUUCAGUUACGCAAGACUACAUGGUUCCCUGUGGGAAGAAAACUUCCGUACAUUUGAGUUAACGGAGAACAUGCGUCAACGAGAAGACCAAGUUUUUGCUCAGGUACUCAUCAAUGUAAGAAUAGCCAACUGUUCAGAAGAAGAUAUUGCCUUGUUCAAAUCUAGAGAGAUUCCCAAAUCCGACGUUUCAUACCCAACAGAGUCGCUGCAUGUGUCUAAAACAAACAAAGACGUGGACGAAUACAACUCCGGUCAUUUACGAAAACUUACAACUAUUUCAUAUAAAGGCUAUCGAUAAGAAGGAAGUUAACACUGGUCUGAUUGACGUUGUAAUUUCCACUAAGCCAUCUGAAACUGGUGGAUUACGCGAGGUUGUGUCGGUAGCCGUCGGAGCGAGAAUCAUGCUGAUUGUAAAUAUCGAUGUUUCUGAUGGGUUACACAGGAAGAGGGAGACGCUCGGUACAAGCUAUACGUACACAAUUCCCACUGACCCUUGCAUGGGCGUGCACCAUUCACAAACUUCAAGGUAAGACUUUGGAUUCAAUUGUCGUUUCAAUGAAAGGAAGGGGUCGCUUUAUGCUUGGUCAAACUUACGUUGCUGUAAGUCGAGUAAAGACCGAACAAGGCCUACAUCUUUUAGGAUUUGAUGCCACGGCAUUCCUAGUUAAUCCUUCAGUACAGACAGAAAUGGCCCGUCUCCAACAGGACCCAAUACCAUCAAUUCAACCACUUACCGAGUCCCCUCAUGAUGAAUGGUUAACAAUUCGGCUCCUCAAUAUCAGAUCUUAUUUGGAGCAUCUACAAGACCUGAAAAUUGAUCCAAUUCUAAAUUCCACCGACGUUUUUUGCUUUACUGAGACAUUCUUAAAAGAAGGACAACUUUUGCGGGAAAAUGAACAGAUCCUACCAGAAACCAGAUGUUUCAGAGCAGACAGACCUUUGUUACUGGGAAGAGGAGGUGGAUUGAUGACAUUCGCCUCAACAGAACUCGCACCAUUGCGCUUCAAUUUAGAAAUCCAAGGUCUGGAAUACCUUGCACUAGCUAUCACUAAAGAUACAACCCAGGUUAAUAUUGUAUCCAUCUACAGACCACCAUCCAUGAGCCCUUCAACAUUCAAUGAAAAGUUCCACAAUCUUGUCAACCAACUCCAAAGAAACAUACUGACAAUUUUUCUGGGAGAUUUUAAUAUUGAUCUUCUCCAAUUUCCAAACCACGAUAUUGUCCAGUAUAUGAAAGUUGGGAUUCUACCAAUUUGUUAA